AUGCACAUCUAUGUCCCCCCGACUCUUGCUAAGGACGUUGCUGUCCUUGUUUAUGCCGGUGAUAAGGAUUACGCUUGCAACUGGCUCGGCAACAAGGCCUGGACCAACGCCUUGGACUGGCCUGGCCACGAUGCUUUCAACAGCGCCGAGAUGAGCAACUUGACUGUUGGAGGCAGCGCGUACGGCUCUAUCAAAUCUGCUAAAAAGUUUGCCUUUGCGCGCAUCUUUGAUGCUGGUCACUUAGUCCCCCAUGAUCAGCCCAUUGGCAUAGUCGACCUUGUCGACCGCUGGAUUGCUGGUGAAUUCCGAAAGUAA